CCGCCGGCUCCCCGCAGGGCUGCCCCGGGGAGGACGGGCGGAGGGAGAGAGGGAGGCUGCCGCGGCGGGCGGGAAGUGAGCUCAGCGCACAGGAAAUCCCGCCCGCCUGGCCUGUGUUGUGCUGCCGAGGGGCAGAGAAAGGAGCCUAGCGACCGAGCGGGGCUGGCGCCGGAGACCACGGGCAAAGCCAUGUCUGACCAGGAAGCAAAACCUUCAGCUGAGGACUUGGGAGAUAAGAAAGAGGGAGAAUACAUUAAACUCAAAGUCAUUGGGCAGGACAGCAGUGAAAUUCACUUCAAGGUGAAAAUGACGACACAUCUCAAGAAACUCAAAGAAUCAUACUGUCAAAGACAGGGAGUUCCAAUGAAUUCACUCAGGUUCCUCUUCGAGGGUCAGAGAAUUACUGAUAAUCAUACCCCCAAAGAGCUGGGGAUGGAGGAGGAAGAUGUGAUUGAAGUUUAUCAGGAACAGACAGGGGGUCACUCUACAGUUUAGAUCCUUCUGUUUGUUUUUUCUUUCCCCUUAAUCCUUUUUUAUUUUUAAAUAAUAGUUCUUUUGUAAUGUGGCGUUCAACACUGAACUGAAACUGGCACCCCAACUCUGGGAACUUAUUUUCAAACAUCUGGUAUCUUGAAUUCUCGUGCUCAUUAUACACUAUAAUUUCUGUUUUCAUUGUGCUGAACUCUUGUGAUCCAGCUGCAGCUCUGCUCCUUUUCCCCCACCCCUUUAAAAUUACAUGUACACACAUGCAUUUGUAUGUUCGCUAGGAUCGUGCCUUUCAGGCACGAAGGUUGUAAGAUCUGCCAGGUGGGCAAGUGUUCCUAAUGACUUCCAAAUCAGCCCUGAAGUUUUGAUGUGUGACUGUUUCACUCCUGGACUAUAACUUUCAGUGGGAGAUGAAGUUUUUCAGAGAACUAAACAAUGGAGAAAUUGUGUGUCCAUAAUUGAGAGCUGUUUUCCUUAAAUUGUGCUGGGGACCUGGGAAAGAAGACUGUCCAGUUGGAAAUGAAAAAGAUCUGUACUUUCUUCCAGAGAUGACUUCACAGAAGACAUAAAAUUGAAAACCCUGUCUAUUCUUAAAUUUUGGCAGAAGAGCCCAGAAAAGUUCUUUCAUAUAGCAAUUAAUACACAAAUAUUCAUGCAAGAAUGUACACAGCAGACACUUGUAGUAUUCUGACAUUCUUGUUUGUACCUUUUGGCCUGGGACAUGGGUUUUGAAUGGACGUUGUCUGUACCAGCUUCAUUAAAAUAAACAAGAAAAACGAUUUUAUAAACAUUAACAA